UUUGCGAGAGGAGUUCACUUCCGGUUCUUGGUCACUUCCGCCGUGGAAUGUUUGGAAGAAGAGACCGAAAAACUUGCGAGUGGUAACGACAUUUAUUUGACGAUACUUGGGCGUUCUUGUGCAAUUGGAGUCUCCAGGGAGGAUGGAGACUGAAGGAGACUAGAACCGUGAUGCAGUCACCUGUUUCAGCAUGUGUGAUAUUGCUGAUAACUUAGAAAAAAUUGAAUCCUAGAGAACUGUGACCAUGGCUGUGAGUAACAGGGAGGGGGACCUGUCCAUUGACCCUGCAGUCAGCUGUAAACUGUGUCUCACAGAACAGACACUGUCGGACAUGUUUGAGCUCAAACAAUGUGGAUGUUCCUUCUGCACUGCAUGUAUGAAGCAGUACAUCCAGGUGAUGGUUAGAGAGGGCACUGUUCUUGCCCUGACCUGUCCAGAUGCCUCUUGUCCUAAACAGGGUACACUGGAAGCCUUUGAGGUGCAGAAACUUGUGGACCAAAAGCUGUAUGAUAGGUAUUGUAAGCUGAAGUUUGAACAAGAAGUUGAUCUGGACCCGAGGAGAACAUGGUGUCCUCAGGCGGGAUGUGAGACCAUCUGCCAUGUGUGCUCCAGAGACCCCUACCAGGCCUCUCCUGUCAAAUGUCCAAAGUGUGGCCUGAAUUUCUGCUCAAGGUGUAAAUUGAAGUGGCACACAGACCUGUCCUGUGAUGAGUUUGUCAAAAGUGGAGCUGGCUCUUCACUGGAUUUGGGAAUCCCGUUCCAAGCUGAUGAAGAUGCCAUAGUGAAGAGGUGUCCCCAUUGUCACCUGCCAAUAGAGAGGGACGAGGGAUGUGCACAGAUGAUGUGUAAGAGAUGCCGACAUGUCUUCUGUUGGUACUGCCUUGCAUCUUUGGACGAUGACUUUCUGCUGAGGCAUUAUGACAAGGGUCCAUGCCGCAAAAAACUAGGACAUUCCAGGGCAUCCGUUAUUUGGUACAGGACACAGGUUGUCGGCCUGUUUGCUGGUUUUGGUAUCUUACUCCUCGUGGCCUCCCCAUUCCUCCUGCUGGCAGCACCCUGUCUGCUCUGUGGCAAGUGUGUGACCAGCAAGGCUUGUAAGUCAUGCUGCAGCGACGAAGUUCCAGACAACAACGUCGAACUCUGACAAACUUUGGCACGGGAAGAUGCUGCUACAUCCGUCAUGCAAAUCUCUGCACAUGAUCCUCAGCGGUGCAAUCAUUGUCGGGUCAAACUGACUGAAAUGUAUUCUUUGGUGUUUGGGGGAGAACAUUUAUCUUGCAA